GCUUUUAGGCGCUUUGAUGCUGAUUCCUCCGGGCAUCUGGAUGCCAACGAGUGCAAGAAUAUGUGCGCCUACCUCGGCUGGGGCUUGGAGGAGGCGAGUCUCAUGGAUCUGGAGCUUCGGCAUUCACAACCUGGCAAGGGAUAUGAAGAUAAUGAA